AUGAAUAAUUCUUUAUUUAAUAUAACAGAAGAGCAAUGUAUAUGUGAAAUGGUAAAAUUGAAUGGAUUUGUUUCUGCUGUAAAUUAUUUUGCAACAAAUGAAACUUGUCAAUUAUUUAGUUUUGAUAUUAGUUCGAUUUUAAUAGCAUUUAAUUUAAACUCUUCGUUUCUAUUUAUUAAUCAAUCAACAAUAUCAAUAACAGCGAUUUCAACAAAUACUCGACCUCCUCGACUUCAUCAAGCUCAACCUCCGCGACAACGUCCACCUCUACCUCCUCAACAUCAUCAAGCUCAACAACCUCAACGACUUCAAGCUCGACUUCCGCAACAUCUUCAACCUCUACCUCUUCGACAACCUCAAGCUCGACUACGUCUACCUCUACUUCCGCGACAUCGUCCACCUCUACCUCCUCAACAUCAUCAAGCUCGACUUCUGCAACAUCGUCCACCUCUACCUCUUCGACAUCGUCAAGCUCAACCUCCGCAACAUUCCGUCGGCUGCUCAGCUUCAGACGCAAUAACUCAUGCUCCAGGUGGUCAAGGUGGCGAAUCUGUUCUCUACACAUUUGAUCAAACACCAAAUGAUUAUUACGGUAAUUAUAAUGCCGUUCCAGUCAACAAUCCACAAUAUAUUUCUCCGGGAUACAACGGAAGAGGAUAUGCUAUACGGCUCCUUUCAAAUAAAUCACAGUAUCUGACAAUUGCUAACUAUAUGGAUUUCUAUAACACAAGUUUGACUGUUGAAGCAUGGAUCUAUCCUUUGGCAGUCUUUAUAAGUACAACAUCAUAUGUUGAUAUGAUUAUCUAUGCUCAAACAAAUACUACAGCACAAUAUCAAUAUAUGUGGAUGAUGUUAAAAAAUGGCAAAAGUUACGGCACUUUUUUUUACGAUGAUAUUUCGGGUUCAACUACGUUUCAAGUGAAUCAAUGGCAACAUAUAGCAUUCACAUAUGAUUAUGCGACGACAACACAAGUUGUUUAUAUCAAUGGAGUUGUAGAUGGUACAAAUACACUAGCACCACCAUGUUUAAUCACAUCUGGAAUACAGACAAUUGGCUCAUAUCCACCGAUUUAUAAUGGUGGUUUUUUUGACGGCUAUAUUGAUCAAUUAGAGAUUCUUUUCAACAGAGCAAAAACAUCAGCUGAAAUUUUAGAUGAUGCAACGUUAGUUGGAUACUAUUCAAUGGAUUGUCUAAGUUAUCCAUCUUGGGAUAGUGGGCCUAAUCAGAUUACGGGUGUAGCAGUUGGAUUGACGAGUGGUGAUGGUGGACGUGUUGGACAAUCUUAUUUAUUUAAUACGACUUCAAGUUAUUUUCAGAUAACAGGAUUAGUCUUAUUAGGACAAUCAUACAGUCCAUUUUCAUUUGCAAUGUGGGUAAGAUCUAUACUCUCCGUUACCAGUGGUGGUACAAUUCUACAUGUCUCCAGCAAUGCCGACGGCACUGGCUGGUGUAUUCCGUUCAUUGGUUUAAAUUCACAAGGACAGUUACUCGCACUUGGAUAUGAUGGAAGAAGUACAGUUCAGGUUACCGGACCUGGCCUUGUAGUUGGUCAGUGGGUUCAUAUCGUUGAAACUUAUAGUCAACUUAAUGGAAUACGUUUAUAUAUUAAUGGAAUUUUGUAUGGACAAACUAACGCAUUUGUCUAUAAUGCAUCGGGUGUACCAAUGGCCGCCACUCUGGGCCAGUCAUUGAAAGGAACUGGUUGUUAUCAUGGUGGAAUUCAAAUUGGUAAUUAUCGAGGAGAAAUCGAUGAAUUUUAUAUUUAUAGUAGAGAAUUAUCGCAGACGGAUAUAACAACUUUGGCGAAUCCAUAG